GGUUUUUUUAAGGGAAUGUCUUUCCCUUUAAUCAGCAUUGCUGCUUAUAAUUCAUUGGUAUUUGGUGUCUUCAGCAGUACCCAAAGGUUUAUUUGCCAACAUCGCUAUGGGAUACCUAACCAUCCUCCUGCACUCACAGAUAUAACUUUAGCAAGCAUGGUAACUGGGGCUUUCUCAGUAGGAAUUGGUUGCCCAGUUGACCUAGUAAAAAUAAGGCUACAGAUGCAGACACAGACUUUUCCUAAGGCCAACUUGGAAAUAAAGCACAAAGCAACUGGCGUUUCAGUACAGGCUGCCUACCGAGGUCCAAUUCACUGUGUCGCUACAAUUCUUCAGCAGGAAGGUUUGGCAGGACUCUUUCGAGGUACGACCGCCAUGCUUCUGAGGGAUGUCCCAGGAUACUGCCUCUACUUUAUCCCUUAUGCAUUGGUUUCCGUCUGGAUCACUUCAGAAGAAUGUCUUUCUCCCACUCCCUUUGCAGCAUGGAUGGCUGGUGGCAUUGCAGGAAUCAUAUCUUGGGGAACAGCAACUCCUAUGGAUGUUGUGAAAUGUCGUCUCCAAGCAGAUGGGGUUUAUUUAAACAAAUACAAAGGAGUCAUUGACUGUAUCUAUCAAAGUUACAACAGUGAAGGUUUAAAAGUCUUUUUCAGAGGUCUUACAGUGAAUACAGUGCGAGGAUUCCCUGUAAGUGCUGCCACAUUCCUUGGAUACGAACUUUCACUCAAAGCCUUAAGAAAAGAAGUAGAGACAAAUCCUUGA